UAUCGUAAAUAUAUAUUGAACAUUUGGGAUACAUAUUUCUUUACCAAUGUGGAUUCGCGUUUAGUCUGACAAUCAGCCGUAAGCAUAUAAAGUUACAACAUAACAGGGGGUAUGAAAAACCUGGACCUCAUAGCGGGCUGCUGUUGCUUUUGCAUUUGGACAAGAAAGACGCUGCUGAAACUACGCUUAGUAAGAAUUACGAAUACAACAGAGAGGCAAUACCAAUAAAUGGGCAAAAAAGACAUGCAGAUAAGUAGCUACAAACCGGUCGUUUAAAUAUUUGACAAUACUACAGGCAAACAGCCGAAGACUGCUGGAUAUGAGCGACUAAUUGUUGGAGGCGUAAACGCUGCGAGCCGCAUUAAGCUGCCCAACAAAGACUCCAGCGGCGAGUUUCUAUCAGUACUGAUCUGAGCUUAGUCGCGUAAAUACCGAAAGAUUGCUGGGAUACAUAACGUACACAAUUGCAAGUGAUUUAUUUUCGCCAACAACGACAAUGAGUAGUUUCGUGGAAUUUCAACGCGCAUCUGCGACCGCAAGCAAGGACGCAAAAUCGUCAGAAAAAUCCAUUGUUCAUUUAAAGAAACAACUGCAAUUCCUCUACGGUUAUGUUCUCGGUUUCCUGAUGGCGCUUACGACUCUUCUCUGCUACGACCGUUUCCUACUGCAAGCGGCCCAACUGCGACAUCAUAGUACCAAGACCACGCCAGGGCGUACCGAUUACACUGGCUUCUCGCCACAAUCCAAAAGUAUCGCCGAUUCACUGCAGCAACGCUUGUUCGAUGAGGUGCGCAUACUAUGCAUGGUUCUAACCACGCCGGCACAGCAUGAAACGCGCGCGGCACAUGUGAAAGCCACCUGGGGCAAGCGUUGCACGCGUCUAGUUUUUCUCAGCAGUGAACUGGAUGACGAAUUGGGCGCUGUCGCGGUAGUGGAUAGCGCAUCCGAUACAUAUGAUCUGCUUUGGCAUAAGAUGCGGCAAGGAUUUAGUUACGUAUACGCCCAGUACUACGCGCAAUACGAUUGGUUUUUGAAAGCGGAUGAUGAUACCUACGUCAUCAUGGAAAAUCUGCGAUAUUCUCUCUACGCUUAUCAACCCGAAAUGCCACUAUUUUUUGGCUAUGAAUUGGUGCAGCAAAAUGUGACUUAUAUGUCAGGCGGUGCCGGCUAUGUACUCAGCAAGGAAGCACUCCGACGCGCAGUCACUUUAGGUUUCAAAAACGCAACGCUUUGUCCGCCUGCUAAUUACGCACUACCUGAGGAUUAUAGCAUGAGUAUAUGUCUGCAGAAUGUAGGCGCUUUGCCUUUGGAUGGACGGUUUGUUCUGCCCAAUGAAAACAAACAGAAAAUGUUCCCUCUACGAUUGUACGACUUUAUGAAUGUCAAUGAAACUUUGGCGAAUGCAGAUUGGUUAGCGCGUCUGACACCGUACACAGUUGAGUGGGGCCUUGACUGCUGCUCCAAUUAUUCGAUCUCCUUUCAUUACACUCAUCCCACCGAAAUGUAUAUAUUCGAUUUUCUUAUAUAUCAUUUGCGUACAAUUGGACUUUCGCAACCCAUCGCUGGACUACCUAAAAAAAUUGAUUUCACUGCAUUUUCUAGUCGAUUUUCUAACAACAAAAUGGAGUCGGCCACUAAGAUGCCUCUUAAAUGGGUGGAUGUAUAUUGAUAAUAGGCAGAUUACUGUUAUAUUUAUUUUAAGUCGUGUAGUAGAAAAUAAAUAUUUUUAUAUAGAUUUUAAUAUAAUUAUAAACUUCAUGUACGUACAGAUGUAUUUUAUAAUUAUAUAACUGUAUUACGAUUA